GAUUCCAGCUUCUAUUUACACAGACGAAUAAUAUUUCGUAGUCUAAAGUAUAUUUCUGACGCGUGUACAAUAGUAUAAAAUACUGUGAUCAAAUCAAUUAUUAUCAGUUGUUUUUGAUAUUUGUCAAAUUAAACACUUGAAAAACUGAAAAAAUGAAGACUUUAUGGAUUUUAACUCUGGCUUUAUUUCUUUUUGAAGGCUUUAUCAUCCAAUGCGACGGAGGGAAUGUGAUUGGAAUCGCAAAAGAUCCGAGUGCAAAUCAAUCAGAAUUGCCAAUUGAAUUAAUUGAAGAAAUUCUCUUCCGAGCCGGUUUCAAAACGACGAGAAAAGCAGCACAAGCUGAAAUGAAGAUAUCUCGAGGAAUGUUGAACAAAAUAUUCAAAGAGUAUAUAAUCAUGAUUGAGAUAUGUCCAGAUGGUGAAUCUAAAGAAAUCAUUGAGUUUGAUAAAAAAGCUGAACGUUAUAUUAAGAUCCAGAGUUAUGGCAGACUAAUGAGACUUUUUAAUCAUUUUGGUGAACAUGUCAGGAGAAUUCAUAUCUACUACGAUUAUAUGAAUGACAAUAUGCGUCGUGAUAUAAACAAAAAUAUAAUCAAAAAAUGUGCAAACCAACUGACCGAACUUGCAAUUUUCACACUUUCGUUUGACAUAGACGAUCAUAUUGAACAGAUUUGGGAUGAAAUUUCGAAUGAAAAUGGAGAAAUUCAUUUCCCAGAAGUGAAAAAGUUUAAAUACAAUGGUCGAAUACCUCGGCGUUCAUUCGAUGUGAAUUCAAUAUUUCCCAAACUUGAAACUCUAAAGCUGUCGGGUAACGUGGACAACCUUAGCUGCUUAGUACAUCUUCGUCAACUGAAAGAAUUAUCACUAAACUCUUUAUCAAUACAAGAGAAUGCGGUCGUAAACAUUAUUACAAAUAAUAAACAAAUCACUAAGCUCGCCAUUUUUAGUUAUAACACAAUAAGGACGGUUCGAUCGAUUGCCGAAAAUUUAAAAGAUCUAAAAACACUAAAUGUUAGAGAUGCUGGAACUAACUUUUUUGUAUCCACAACUAAUCAUGUGUAUAAUCUAACAUCAGUAACGAGCUUAAGUGUUUUCUCUGAUAAAAUUGAACAGUUUUAUGGAAACCUUUCAUUUGAUAUGCCACACCUGAAAAAUCUCGAGUUGAUUGGAUGGAACUUUGAUCAUCGAAUUACAAAUUUUAUCAAUCGCUUCCAUGUAUUGGAAACAGUAUAUGUGCAUAAAUUAACUACAGAUAAUCCCAUCAGUUGUAUUCAACCGUUAAUUUAUGUGAAAGAAUUUUCUACAGUCAACUUUGAAAAUAGCGAACUGUCAUCUUUGAAGGUCUUCUUCGAAAAUUUCGAUAAAACAGCAUCAAAUUUGAUCACAUUAAAAUUAUUUUAUUUUAAUGAUUCAGAAUAUUCUCGUUAUGAAAAAACCAUGAACAAAAUAAAUAAUCAUUUGAAAGAAAGUAUGAAACCCACUUGGCAAAUAUCUCAUGGAUAUGGAACAACCAAACCGGAGGGGAAAUCUCAACUUCACUUUUUGAUGUUCAAACGUGAUCUAUAAUAUCAAUUCAUGGCCGACAAUGUUUUCUCUUCGAUUUCAAAAGAUCGCCAGAAAUAAUUGAAAAAAAAAAUGAAAUUUAAUUGAUAAUCUAAUUACAUUUUACUUUUGAUAACAGAGUUGGUAAAAAAAAUUCUACGUAUACUAUAUUGAAAAAUAGUUUGUCGAUCUUGAAAGCUUUGAUAAAACAACAUCAAAUUUGAAUACAAUAAAGUUGAUUAUUC